UUUGGCGGGAACGCGAGGAGUGAAGUUGUGUGAUUUGUUUUAUUUUGUCUAUUUAGUGUUUCUUCAGGUUUAAAUGUGUAAUAAUGGUGGUUUAUUAACCGUUUAAUAUCUGUGAAAGUGCACAAAUGUGGGAAAAUGAAACAAAGCUGCUGGACGUAACUUCUCGGGUUCCUCCAAAAAGUCCACUGAAAAAAUCUCAGUAAAUGACCACCAUUUUACUGCGAUUAUAUUUCAUCCCAUAUCAUUUCAUUUCAUUAAAUUUCAUCCCAGUUGAUUAAUGUCUCAAAUUAAUCAUCUUCAUUUCAUUUCACUCCAUAUUAUCAUUUUUCAUAAAAUUAAGAAUUUAAAGUAAAAUAAGACAUGACUUAAAGGUCUUAGUUACCAGGUCAUAAAAUCUCUUAAAAAAAAAAAAUACAGCGCUUAAUACAUAUACAAAUUUUCUUUGUGAAUGAAUUUUUAACAACGAAAAGUGAGUGAAAUUAAAAACAAACAAAAAAUGGCUUCCGAUACAUUAAAUAUAGCACGGCGAAAAUUAAAUGAAGUACUCGGUGAAAAGUCAACAAAGUAUUUCAAUCAAAUGAAAUUGUGGUUCCGUAUGAAACUGACUAAGGAAGAAUUCGACGGAGAAGCAAGGAAACUAUUAAGUAACGACCAAGUACAUUUCCAUAACGAGUUUUUGUUAGCAUUAUUGAACAAAGUUGAAGGCUUAGCAGAAACUUCGAUUACAAUAGCCCAAGAGAAAGCUAAUUCACACAACAGAAACAGUCGGAGACAUAAGAGAAGCUCUAGAACCUCUGAGAAGAGUAACUUUGAACCAGUUGAUAUACUUGAGUAUCUGCCGCCUAAUUCACCACCUGGAGCUGGCAGUGACGGUGUCAAAUAUGCAACACAAGAAAUAUUUCUACCUGAUCAUGCUCUAGUUGUGGGCAGAUUCAUGUUGGCCGCCUGGGAACUUGGCUUAGAAGGAGCGGAUGACGAUGCUGCUGACAUUGUAGUGGUAGCUGUACAGAAUUUCCUCAAAAAUGUAAUAAGUGCUGUUUUAGCACAAAGGAAAGGCUACAAAACUCAUGGGAAGUACUUCAUGUACGAUAUUGGUGGUGACAUGCCGAAUAUGUGGCUGAGAAACUCAGCCAAACUAUACGAUCCUCAGAGUUGGGGAAGGGUAAAUGUAGAUGAUGGAGUGGAUUCCCUCGGUCCCAGAUGUCCUCCUACAAUUGAUGAAAUGGAACAUUCAGCUGUUUUUGAAAUUGCCUGCAGUGCCCCAAAUCCAGAACCAAAUGAAGACAGACUAACAAUAGAUGAAUUCUACAAUACCUUAUUGACACACAGAAAUAUAAUUGCAUGUCAUUCAAUCUAUGCAAUCAAUAUGGAGAGGUUAUCGGUCAUGUUAAAUCAUCCUAGUUAUUAGCAAAAAUAUAUGUAGUAACUUAAUGGAUGUUGCAUAAUACUUAAGUUUAAUAACACAUUUUUAUUAGCUUGACACACAGAAUGGUCGAAGACAACUUUUUUUUUUCUACCUAUGCUGAUAGCCUUGAGAGGCUAUUUCAGCUUCACCCUAACGUAUGGGUGAGCUCACGGGGCUCAGAACGGGAGUGUUGCUAACACUGGCCCUAGCAAGAGCAGUGCUUUGUACUGGUGGUAGGACCUCUUGGGAGUCCGCACGGGUAGGUACCACCACCCCCCCGCCUAUUUCCGCCGUGAAGCAGUAAUGCGUUUCGGUUCGAAGGGUGGGGUAGCCGUUGUAACUAUACUGAGAUCUUAGAACUUAUAUCUCAAGGUGGGUGGCGCAUUUACGUUGUAGAUGUCUAUGGGCUCCAGUAACCACUUAACACUAGGUGGGCUGUGAGCUCGUCCACCCAUCUAAGCAAUAAAAAAUAAAAAAAAUCUACCACCGGAUCGGAAACGCAACCCACUGAGUAGAUCCGGCGAAAAACUCAGUGGGCUGUGUCAAUGGGUUAAUUCAUUCGUCGAGCCCUUCGUCGCAAGCGACGGGUUCGACGAAGACGGUGACCGGUGCUUGUGGUGCCUAAAAGCACUGUUAAUGGAUCGGGAGGAUCUGUAAUGACGUGUUUAGGGCGACGUCGGCUGUUUACAUUCGGUCCACAGGAUCGGGUAUGUAAUUACCGGCGGCCACGACAAGAGAGUUUUCAUGUCGCCUUUUCGAAGUGGCGCAAUGAUGCCGACUGUAUACAACCUUCUCACUGGUGCAUGUGUAUUAUUGAUAUUGUCUCUCUAGUGUACACUUUACUAGUUUAAAUAAUAUCAAAAAUUCAUUCAAAUUUCAAGCGGAAGAGAUCUCAUAAAGAUGUUGAGACUUAAGACUUUAAUUGCACCACUUGUAAGGUUGUUUUAUUUAACAAAGAUCGAAUGUGUUAAAUUUUAACUUUUUUCAUUACUCUUAUUUGGUAGAUAGUACUAAAUGUUGUUGGAUGGUUACCUGAGACCAUUACAACAUUAAUAUCGCUACCAAGAUUGAGAAAACAGGUCUCAAUUAUGGAGUAUACACAUGAAAAUAUGCUAUAUCUGUGCAUGUACCAGUUAUAUCUGUAAUUUUAAGGGAGUCAUUAUGUAGACUAUGAUUACAUGUCAUAUGGUAAUAAAAUCUUUUAUUAUUAUAGCA